AUCAAACUCUCCGUGGCGUCCCAGUCUUUCGGGGAAAAGUCCAGUAUCUUUAACACAGCUUACUUGACGUGGUCCCUGUGUAUCCUGCAGCCCCAUUUCACACCACUCCGCUCCAACCAUAAGUAUUUUACGUUUUAUCGUGAGAAUUGUACAGAUGGGGAAACAAGGCAGAAGACAGCCAAGGUACUUGCCCAGAGUCACAGAGCUACUAAGUCAUAGACAAGGGAUUUGACCGCAUGCUGCCUGCCUGGCCGGACUACUACCUCGCAGGAAAAGCCUCGGGGAAGAGGUGGCAAUUAAGCCGGUCUUGGAGGAUUUGGCAAGGUGUUAAACGGGACGGCCAUUCCCAACAAAAUCCGGAAAGGAUGUGCCUAACUAGGAGUUCAGUUCCUUCCUUUGCCCACCGUCCCCGUUAAAUCCACGGAGCGAUUUCGCGUGUGCACAGAACGAAGACGGAAGGGAAAGAAUGCUGCCUUCCGGCCCGGCAUCCCUAGAGCGGAUUCCAUGGAAACAGUAGCCGGGUCCCAGGUAGGUGAGAUCUCGCGGUGCUUGAGCGGCGGAAGUGACGUCAUCGCCUUCGAGGCCCUCCAGUGGGUCGCCGGUCCUCGUCCCGCGCGCGCCGCCUCCGCCGCCGGGAAUAUGGCGUCUGCCCUGGAGCAGUUCGUCAACAGCGUCCGCCAGCUCUCGGCCCAAGGGCAGAUGACUCAGCUUUGUGAACUGAUCAACAAGAGUGGGGAACUCCUUGCGAAGAACUUAUCCCAUCUGGACACGGUGCUCGGGGCCCUGGAUGUCCAGGAGCACUCCCUGGGAGUCCUUGCUGUUUUGUUUGUGAAGUUUUCUAUGCCCAGCAUUCCUGACUUCGAGACGCUAUUCUCACAGGUUCAGCUCUUCAUCAGCACGUGUAACGGGGAGCACAUUCGCUAUGCAACAGACACCUUUGCUGGGCUUUGCCAUCAGCUAACAAAUGCACUUGUGGAAAGAAAACAGCCCCUGCGCGGAAUCGGCGUCCUUAAGCAGGCCGUCGACAAGAUGCAGAUGAACACAAACCAGCUGACCUCCGUCCACGCCGACCUUUGCCAGCUGUGUUUGCUGGCGAAGUGCUUUAAGCCCGCCCUCCCGUACCUGGACGUGGACAUGGUAGACAUCUGCAAAGAGAAUGGGGCCUACGAGGCCAAGCACUUCCUGUGCUACUAUUACUACGGCGGGAUGGUCUACACCGGGCUGAAGAACUUCGAGCGAGCACUCUACUUCUACGAGCAGGCCAUCGCCACUCCUGCUAUGGCUGUCAGUCACAUCAUGCUGGAGGCGUAUAAAAAGUAUAUUCUCGUUUCUUUGAUACUGCUUGGCAAAGUGCAACAGCUGCCGAAAUAUACAUCUCAAAUUGUGGGUAGAUUCAUUAAGCCUCUUAGCAACGCGUACCACGAGCUAGCGCAAGUUUAUUCCACCAACAACCCCUCGGAGCUCCGCAACCUGGUGGCCAAGCACGGCGAGACCUUCGCCCGCGACGACAACAUGGGGCUGGUGAAGCAGUGCCUGUCCUCGCUGUACAAGAAGAACAUCCAGAGGCUCACCAAGACCUUUUUAACGCUGUCGUUACAAGACAUGGCAAGUCGCGUGCAGUUAUCUGGACCUCAGGAGGCAGAGAAGUAUGUCCUGCACAUGAUAGAGGACGGUGAGAUUUUUGCCAGCAUCAAUCAGAAGGACGGCAUGGUCAGUUUCCACGAUAACCCUGAGAAGUACAAUAACCCCGCCGUGCUUCGCGCCCUCGACCACGAGAUGCUGAGGUGCAUAGAGCUGGACGAACGGCUGAGGGCCAUGGACCAGGAGAUCACAGUGAACCCCCAGUUCGUGCAGAAGAGCAUGGGGUCACAGGAAGACGAUUCGGGUAACAAGCCAUCCAGUUACUCCUGAAGCCAGUGCUCUUUGUGAGUCUCAGAGACGCCUUCGCCGUGGCCGGGGCAGGUGUCGGGAGGGCGGCAGGGAGGACCAGGCCCAUCUCACCUGGGCCUUAAGACAGUGUGUUUCGUUUUGACGUCUUCGGUCCGGUGUGCUUUCAGAAAACCAUUCUCUCUGCAAAGAAAGGAAAACGUUUUCAAACUUUAAAGCCUGUUGUGGAUUUAUUUAUCCUUAGAUUAAUGUGGUUAUUGCAUUAAAUCUACCUUUUUGUUUUAAAUUA